GUUGAUGGCUUUUGUGCCAUCCCAAAACGAUAUGUUAUAAUGUUUCUUUUUAAAGUGGGGGGAAAUGUAUAAGAAACCGAGUUUGUUUGUUGUGGGACGUUAAUUUCCAAGGAACCAUCACGUCAUGAUGAAAAUUGGAUUCAUUUUGGUUGCAUUCAGUGCUUUCUUCUUCAAAGGAGAGGCUUCGCCAGCACGAACGGUUUGUUACUUCAGUAAUUGGGCGAUUUAUCGCCCAGAUGUCGGUAGAUACACCCAAGAUGAUAUCCCGAUAGAGCUUUGCACCCACUUAAUUUACUCGUUUAUUGGGGUGGAUGAUAAAUCUUGGUCUGUUUUGGUGAUUGACCCUGAAUUAGAUACAGAUCAAAACGGAUUUAGGAAUUUCACCGGGUUAAAACAAAAAAAUCCUUCGCUUAAACUUCAAGUUGCCGUUGGGGGUUGGGCUGAGGGGGGUGAAAAAUACUCGGCUAUGGUUGCCCAAAAAUCAAGAAGGGAUUCUUUUAUUUCCUCGGUUGUUAAUUUUAUGAAAAAGUAUGAUUUCGAUGGGUUCGAUUUGGAUUGGGAGUACCCCGGAGCUGCUGAUAGAGGAGGAAGCUUCUCCGAUAAAGAUCGAUUCUUUUAUUUCGUUGAAGAAUUAAGACGGGCGUUCGAUAAGGAGGGGAAAGGGUGGGAAAUCACCAUGGCGGUUCCCGUUGCGAAAUUUAGAUUGCAAGAAGGAUAUCACGUCCCAGAAUUAUGCGAAUUAUUAGACGCUAUCCACGUAAUGUCCUACGACCUCCGCGGAAAUUGGGCCGGAUUCGCAGACACCCACAGCCCCCUUUAUAAGCGCCCCCACGAUCAAUGGGCUUACGAAAAAUUAAACGUGAACGACGGAUUACAAUUAUGGGUCGAUUACGGAUGCUCACCAAAAAAACUCAUCGUCGGGAUCCCCUUUUAUGGAAGAACCUUCACUUUAAGCAAUAGCAACAAAAAUUAUAACCUAGGAACUUACAUUAAUAAAGAAGCAGGAGGAGGUGAACCUGGGAAAUACACAAACGCUUCUGGAUUCUUAGCUUAUUAUGAAAUUUGCGCUGAGGUUCAAAAUAAAGAAUCUGGAUGGGUGGUUCAAUGGGAUGAUUAUGGAAAAGUUCCCUUUGCUUACAAAGGUAACCAAUGGGUUGGUUAUGAAGACCCUAAAAGUGUCCAAAUCAAAAUGGAUUUUAUAAAAGAGAAAGGAUAUGGAGGUGCUAUGACGUGGGCUAUUGAUAUGGAUGAUUUCCAUGGGUUAUGUGGACCACAAAACGUUUUAAUGCACAUUUUAUAUGCUAAUAUGAAAGGAUAUAAUGUUCCAGAACCAACUUUAACAACAACACCAAGGCCUGAAUGGGCAAGACCUCCAAGUACUUCCUCUGAUGGAACUGUUACCACCACAACAGGAAGUUGGCAAUCACCCCAAAGUAGUACCACGCCAUCCACAACACAAAAGAUAACCUCACCAACACCAACAACUGAAAAAAUAACAACCGAAAAUAUUAAUAAACCCGGAAAUGAGGUUCUAACUGGAAACGAAAUUAAUUGCGACGGAAAAGAUUUUGUCCCUGAUAAAGAUUGUACUAUAUAUUACCGAUGCGUUCAUGGAAAACCAACAUUCUUCCAAUGCAGAGACGGAUUAGUUUUUCACACGCAAAGUUUCAUAUGCGAUUGGCCUAGUAAUGCAGAUAGAGAAUAUUGUAAGAACUUAGCGUAAUAAUUUGGACAUUAAUAAAAAAUAAAUUUGUUGAUAAAAAACAUAA